UAACAGACAGACAUAUAUGUUGUUUAUAAAUACUUUAGCUUAAUUUGGUAUUGAAGAGCGUGAGGGUCAUGGAUGCUUUUGUGCUUAAAACACUUAUUUCAGGCAUUGUUGCCCUGUUAGUGUGGCCUUUGUUUUAUCAAUUUAAGAAAACACUUGGCGGCAAUAGAAAGAUCUGUAGUGCACCUCAAGCAGCAGGUGCAUGGCCUAUUAUUGGCCAUUUGCAUCUCUUCGGGAGUCAUCAACUUACGCACAAAACACUUGGGGUGAUGGCUGAGAAACAUGGACCAAUUUUCACAAUAAAGCUUGGUUCAUACAAAGUUCUGGUCUUGAGUAGCUGGGAGAUGGCCAAAGAGUGUUUUACUGUCCAUGACAAAGCAUUCUCGACCAGGCCCUGUGUUGCAGCCUCAAAGCUAAUGGGCUACAACUAUGCCAUGUUUGGCUUCACUCCUUAUGGUCCUUACUGGCUUCAAGUACGGAAGCUAACGACCAUUGAGCUUCUGUCUAACAAUCGGCUUGAGCCCCUCAAAAACACAAGAACGUUUGAGUUAGAUGCUGCAAUAAGGGGGCUCUACCGGUUAUGGUCAAAAGAAGGGUGUCCGGAGGGAGGAGUUUUGGUAGAUAUGAAGCAGUGGUUUGGAGAUUUGACACAUAAUAUUGCUAUCAGAAUGGUGGGAGGGAAGCCGUAUUGUGGGGUUGGCGAUGGUUAUGCGGAUGGUGAAGCAAGAAGGUAUAGGAGAGCUAUGAGGGACUGUGUAUGUUUGUUUGGGGCGUUUGUGCUGUCUGAUGCAUUUCCAUUUCUGAGGUGGCUAGAUAUCAAUGGAUAUGAAAAGGAUAUGAAGAGAACUGCUAGUGAAUUGGACACUCUAGUUGAAGGUUGGCUAGAGGAACACAAAAGGAAAAGAGCUUUGAAUGUGAAUGGAAAGGAAGAACGGGAUGAUUUCAUGGAUGUCUUGCUGAAUGUUCUGCAGGGCACAGAGAUUUCUGGUUAUGAUUCAGAUACCAUCAUCAAGGCCACUUGCCUGAAUUUGAUUUUAGCAGGAACUGACCCCACCAUGGUCACGCUAACAUGGGUGCUGUCUCUGCUACUUAACCAUCCAACGGAACUUAAACGAACCCAACAUGAACUGGACACUCUUAUUGGGAAGGAAAGGAAAGUUGAAGAAUCUGACAUAAAGAAGCUGGUGUACCUCCAAGCCGUUGUGAAGGAAACUCUGCGCCUAUAUCCACCCAGUCCCAUUAUCACCCUUCGAGCAGCCAUGGAAGACUGCACCUUUUCAUGCGGCUAUCACAUUCCUGCGGGCACACAAUUAAUGGUGAAUGCUUGGAAGAUCCAUCGGGAUGGUCGUGUUUGGAGUGACCCUCACGAUUUCAAGCCUGAAAGGUUCUUGACAAGCCACAAAGAUGUUGAUGUAAAGGGUCAAAACUAUGAGCUCGUCCCUUUUAGUUCUGGAAGGCGGGCAUGCCCAGGUGCCUCACUAGCUCUGCGUGUAGUACAUUUGACCUUGUCCAGACUCUUACACUCUUUCAACGUUGCUUCUCCUUCAAAUCAAGUUGUUGACAUGACAGAGAGCUUUGGACUCACAAAUUUAAAAGCAACCCCCCUCGAAGUUCUCCUAACUCCACGUCUAGACAACAAACUUUAUGAGAACUAGAUUAUAUUAUACUAGUGGUACACGAAGCCUCUAGAUUCUGAAAUCCGGGCUAUCUAUCUUGUAAUAACAAUAGCCGUUAAGUUGCACUGUGUUAUAAAAGCUGGUGUAAUUUGUAGAACUCUGAUCAUUCUGGACUUCAAGAAAAAAUAAAUAAACGAAAGCAAUGCAAGGCCUUCACAAAUAUUAUGUCAU